CUCCAUCCACCUGUGUGGUAUAAAUCUGCCAGCCUCGGGCGGCGGGGGGCCAGGGUGAGAAAGCCCCGGCGCCCCCUUCGCCGCGCGCGCCACUUACGGACCUAGGACCGCUUGUGCGUCCCCGCAUCUGGGCCCCACGAGAUCGUGGCUGCGGACCACGCUGACUCCCUAGGGCGGUCAGCGCCCAUGUCCCGGGACCAGCUGGCCGCUGACCUUUCCUCACUAGUUCCUUUAGCACAGUGGAGCUGAGGCUCUGGUGGGAAGGGCGCCCAUGCAAUUAGUGGAAAUUCGUCCUGGAGGCUUCAGGCAAGAAGUUCGUUCAGGGGUGUCGAGUCCGCCUGGUGCUACACACUGGGGUCCCGGGUCGGCUGGAGGUUCCCAGACUUCAGGCUGAAACAUAGUGGGCGGUUGGCUCCUAGGGGAGCCCAGAGAAACCCCCCGGGCUAUGCUGUUAGUCUCACGGCGCGGCCGCGUUGGCCUGGAAGAAAAGCCUAAAUACAUUAGUGAGCUGGUAAAGCUUUUAAGGCCUUCCUGGGAAUGAGUGGCUGGCUAAUGAAAGGUUAAUUUUGUUUCGAAGGGAAGGCUGCGCUGGUUUCUGAGAUAAAUGGACAGGAAGCGCAUUACCUCCGUUCGCUGGCAAGCGGCUCCUAAAUGCUUUUUGCACCUGCCGCUCGGAGCCGUGCGAGCCGCGGCACAGCCCGCAGGGAGCUCGGGGGCCGGACGAGUGCGCGUGGCCGUGCGCCCCUCGCGCGCCCCUGGCUCUCCUCCUCCGGGGGCUCAGCUCUCACGCCGAACCCUGGGGCUCCUCUCUUACACCCAGGUCCUGCGAGUUCCGGAGCUUGGGGGCCCCCUGAUCCCGACGGACCCCCUGCAGGAGCGGAAGGGUUAAGAAUGAUGAGGAAGAAGAGGAAGCGAGGCGCAACCGCGAGACCUGCAUGGACGGGCAUGGGCUUGAGAGCAGCACCUUCCUGCGCCGCCACCGCCGCCGCCGCCGCCGCUGGGGCUGAGCAGCGCCGGCGCCCCCGGCUCGGCCUGCCGCCGCCGCCGCUGCUCCUGCUGCUGCUCAGCCUCGGGCUGCUCCACGCAGGUGACUGCCAACAGCCGGCCCAGUGUCGAAUCCAGAAAUGUACCACGGACUUUGUGGCCCUGACUUCGCACUUGAACUCUGCCAUUGAUGGCUUUGACUCUGAGUUCUGCAAGGCGCUGCGAGCCUAUGCUGGCUGCACCCAGCAGACUUCAAAGGCCUGCCGUGGCAACCUGGUGUACCAUUCUGCUGUGUUGGGCAUCAGUGACCUCAUGAGCCAGAGGAACUGCUCCAAGGAUGGACCCACGUCCUCUACUAACCCUGAAGUGACCCACAACCCUUGCAACUAUCACAGCCACGCAGGUGCCAGAGAACACAGGGGAGGAGCCCACAGCCCUCCCAGUUACCUUUUUUGUGGCUUGUUUGGAGAUCCUCACCUUAGAACUUUCAAGGAUCACUUUCAAACAUGCAAAGUGGAAGGGGCCUGGCCACUCAUAGAUAACAAUUAUCUUUCGGUUCAAGUGACGAACGUGCCCGUGGUCCCUGGAUCCAGUGCUACUGCUACAAAUAAGGUCACGAUCAUCUUCAAAGCGCACCAUGAGUGUACAGAUCAGAAAGUGUACCAAGCCGUGGCAGAUGACCUGCCAGCUGCUUUUGUGGAUGGCACCACCAGCGGCGGGGACGGUGACGCCAAGAGCCUGCGCAUCGUGGAAAGGGAGAGCGGCCGCUGUGUGGAGAUGCACGCUCACUACAUAGGCACAACAGUGUUCGUGCGGCAGCUGGGUCGCUACCUGACCCUCGCCAUCCGCAUGCCUGAGGAGCUGGCCAUGUCCUACGAGGAAAGCCAGGACCUGCAGCUGUGUGUGAAUGGCUGCCCCUUGAGCGAGCGCAUCGACGACACACAGGGCCAGGUGUCUGCCAUCCUGGGGCACAGCCUGCCUCGCACCUCCUCGGUGCAGGCCUGGCCGGGCUACACACUGGCAGCUGCCAACACUCAGUGCCACGAGAAGAUGCCAGUGAAGGACAUCUACUUCCACUCCUGUGUCUUCGACCUGCUCACCACUGGUGAUGCCAAUUUCACUGCUGCAGCCCACAGUGCCUUGGACGACGUGGAGGCACUGCACCCAAGGAAGGAGCGCUGGCACAUCUUCCCCAGCAGUGGAGCCUGGCCUCCGAGAGGGGACGGCAGUCUGGCCCUCAGCCUGGGACUCGCGGCCUUGAUCCUUGCUGUGUUUUUCUAGGGCUUGUCUUUUGUUUUUGUUUUGUUUUGUUUUUAAUUUUUUUGUCUAUAACAAAAUUUUAAAAUAUAUAUUGUCAUAAUAUAUUGAGUAAAAAGAGUAUAUAUGUAUAUACCAUGUAUAUGACAGGAUGUUUGUCCUGGGUUACCACCAGAUUGUACAUAUUGUGCUUGGCUGUUUUCACAUGCAUUGGAUGUAGUGUUCUUUGAUUGUAUCAAUUUUGUUUUGCAGUUUUGUGAAAUGUUUUAUAACGUCCCUGCUGGGGACCUGUUAGAAAGCACUUUAUUUUUUAUAUAUUAAAUAUUUAUGUGUGUACCUGGUUAAUAUGUAUAGUGCAUAUACACAGACACCAUACUCAAUGUUCUCCUCGAAAGUGACCAGUAGUAGCUAUUCUUGGCUGUCCCUUCCUGCCCUUUCCCACUUGCCACAGUGUGCAGUUUUCACUGGCCACACCCUGGUGGGGCUGCCUCUUUGCUUGGGAGUAUGCCCUCACGCAUCUUCCUGCCUUCACUCAAUUUGAAAAGACAGCUCCUUCCUCCCUUACAGGCUCUUUCAACUCUCCUGCACACUGAUCUAAAUAAUCAGCCCUCUCGUUAAUAAUAGCUGUCACUUCUUUGGAAGGUGAAGAGUAUUGCUACAGUUCUUAGCACCCCUGCUUCCGGUUGCCAUAUUUGAACACCUGGUGUGCUAGGUUGGACCUGAGAAAACUGCUUUCUGGAGGUAAAAGGGGUCUAGUGAUGGCAGCUUCAUAGAUAAAUACCAGGCAUCUUGCUAGAUUUUAGUAGCUCUGCUUUUUCUCAUCCCAUGCCCCAGUUUAAGUUGUAAGUUUUCUCUUUUAACUCAGUUCAUUAAAACAUGAAACCACAAACAGUAAUAAUCAUGACCUGUUCUUUGUGUAAUUUCUGGAAGCCCACGUUCUUAGCUUUCUCUUUCUUGGCUCUUUGGACCCAGAAACAACUCCCUGUCUCACCACAGUUGACUGUCCUCAGCCUCACCUAAUGAAUCCGAGAGUUAAGAGUCAGUCUUUGAUAAUGAGACCCAGGUCCUACCACAGAAAUUCUCCAUUCUUCCCUGCCCUCCACUCCCUGGUCUUCACAGUUCUCACUGUGACUUUAUGCAUAAUGAAAGGGAGUAGGGUGUUAAUGGCGGAAGAGCUUCAUUGGCCUGACUCAGUAUACGCUUGACAGUGGCUGCUGAUGAGACCAAAUAUUCACUGAAUGUUGUGCUGCCCAAGUACUCUCUUUUAAUUCAGAUACUCUCCCUCUUAACACCUGUAGUUGAAUAGUAAUUGCUCGUGUAACUUGGUGAAGUCUCUAUAAUAAAAGUGAUCUCUCUCCUUGCUUCUUCCAAUCCAUUCUUGGUAGCCUUUGGAAAAGGAAAAACAGCUGCAACAAAAGGCAAGAAUAGUAAUGGAGAAAGUUAGAUCCAAGAUAGAUCAGGUUAUAUUAUAUUCAAUAUAAAUUUUGGUUCUAAGAACUGAUAACUUGUACUUUAAUAAUUCAAGUUUAAAUAAUUGAGAAUAAAAGAUAAAGUUGAAAUACCAUUGUAAUUUAGGCCAAGCUUAUGCUUAGUUUUAGUUGGCCACAUGGUAGCUUUUACUAUGUCCUACUGACCAGUGGCUCUGCCAGAGACCCAGACUGGCAACGAAAGAUGUCAUUUUGUGAAGUUGUUAAUGCACUGAGGUACCAACCAGUUAUAGGGUUCAGUUGUGCGUUCAUUCAGGAGUGGCAAACCUCUCUGCUUCUGGUGUAUGAAAGAAUAAUCCUGGGCAGCGUAGGUCAAUAAUGAAGGCCCCCUGCUACUUUCAGGAAUUCAACUCCAGGAUGAAACCUUAUUCUGUCAUCCUGUUGUACAAGCUGGACUAGGUACCUACCUACCAUCCCCUCUGAGCCAUGGCUGCUUCUGUUCAUCUCGAGCCGUGUGCCAAUUUCAGAAACUAUUGUAAUUUUGUAAUUGAGUAGAACAUGGAAGAAACAAUACUAAAGAUACUUUUGACCACUAUUUUUGUGCAAAUAGUAUAAAAGUGAAGUCAAAGCAAUAAUAGAAGUUUCUACAGUAUGUGGGUUUAGAGCGUGUAUGAUUAAUGUACCUUCGUCCUUUUCAGGGAAAACAAAACGGCUAUUCUACUAAGUUGGGAAAAAACCCGGUGGUUUUGCCACGUCAGUUAGCUGGAAAGGACGCUUAAAACACCCAGUGUCGCUAGUAUUGGUACCAGUGUGUUCCCUUACUCUCCGUUUUUAAUCAGUGUCCCUGUAAAAUCUUUACAAACACAGUGCAAGUAUCACCAGAUGAUGCUUGUAUGUCUAGGAAGAUUUAUUUUCUUGAGGGUUUCUAGAGAGAAUGCUGCUUGCACAUGUUGGUUCAUAAAGUCCAUCGAGACUUUCAGGUCAUACCAACAUGUGGAUAGGCUGUACCUGUUCACGGGUCUCCUGGGGGAGCUUAAACUUGGGGAGAAACACUGGUUUUCACAGAUGCUCCACAUGGCUGUCUGAAAGACUCAACAUUUUUGUCCUCUCGUGCUUGGAAGCCACCGCCCCCCCGCCCAGCCCAGUGUAUGGGGUCUUUACAAAGAAACCUUUCGAUGUGGUCCAUAGAUAUAUGAAUAAGAUUCUGUGUACAACAGUGAGUGUGCAGUGUGUAAAUACUUUAAAUUAUUAUGCUAGAAAAAUAAAAGUUACAUACCAUGC